AUGCCACCUGAAGUUUGCACGAAGGCUAUGAUACUGCCAGGUUUCCCAAGUCUAGACAGAGGAAGUCGAGGGGCAGAGGUCGGGUUCGAACCACGGACCUUCCGGUCAUUUGCCCUUUACUAUAAUUCGACAUUUGAGCAGAAAUACAAAACCGGUCCUUGGGGAUCCACCAGAGGUGAGAAGAGGGUAGAAGGAAAUUGUCCUGUCCCAAAACACUCGUCUUCAUGUGGUAUAGAACACCCCCAAAUGGAGUGCUUCGAACAACAGCUUGAAAAACUAGCACAUUCUUGUAUUCAAAAAGUUGCUGAAAACUCUUCGACAGUCCACGACCGGCUCUGCCCUUCUUUGGGCUCAUCAGGUAGGCGCGGUCCCCGAAUUUACGUCAACCUUAUGUUCAUUCAUUUGGAGAACAUCGCAAACGAGAGAUUCAGAUGGGUUUCAGGUGUACUCCGUGACAACAACGGUUUAACAGGACUAACAAUGGUAAAAUCGGAUUCAAAAAAUACUGGUCGUAUGUCUAUCCACGGUGCUCCACGCCGUAACCAAGGCUGGUUUGCAAUCCCUGAGAUCUCGCAAGCGCCUACAGUCUGA